AUGACUGGUGAUGGCUUAAUCAUUGACCAAAGUCUAACUAUGCAAAAUAGCCCCGCUGCAUUCUAUUACGGAUAUCCAUCUUCACCAACUCCACCACCGUCAAAUCCACAAAAUCAGCCGCCCUACAAUCCAUAUAAGUCUGCUAUUGAAUGUAAUUACAAGGAUGUCUUUACAAAUCAGGAGGAGAGUUUGAGUCAAGAAUUAACUUUCCCAAACAGUACAUAUGCAGAUUUCAUGAAUUUAGUAGGUAUAAUACCUAUAUUCAUUGAUUUAUUCAAAUAG